AUGAAUUAUAGCAUAGUUGUAGAAGUUUACGGCUCUAAGAGUGUCCAGGGAUUGUACAAGCUAUUUAGUUAUUCUGAGUCUAAACACAGUUCCAAUACUGGUCUGCGUUCACUGCACGGUAGUGAGCCAAUAAGUAAGCUUCUGGAAGACGGUCAAGGAGAGGAUCAAGACAGCGAAAUUAAGGUUACAGUGGUUGAAAUGAGGGUUAAAGACGAUAAAAUAGUUGCUGAGUGGAAAGGACAUGGUACAAUUCGUUUAUUUAAGAGCGGAUCUACCACAGCUGGGGUGGAAGGUUCUAAUGACUCAGAAGAUGACCUUGUACGGGUGCCAGGUGAUAAUUCGAUGUGUAGCAUUCUAUUCACGCCCAGUUACCUAACCUGUGAUGAGUUGCUGCACUGGUUUUUAGGACCUACAAUUUUAAAUCAAGUUUCUCACUUCAGGUUAGUAAAACUUCAUGGUAAGAAGGGAGAGUGCAUGGUCCUUAUGAAGUUUAGAAAUUAUCUCGAUGCCAAACGAUUCCAGUCAGAAUACAAUGGUAAGAGAUUUAACAGUAUUGAUCCCGAAACAUGUCACGUUGUGUUUGUGAAAGAGAUUGUUUUUAAGGAGAAGCUACUGCCUGACCCAAAUAAGGACUUUCCUUACUUGUUACGGGACCCAUUUACGAAUGGCUCCGGAAUGGUAGAGCUUCCCACGUGUCCCGUCUGCUUAGAACGGAUGGACAGUGAGGUAACUGGUCUUAUAACCACGGCUUGCCAGCACACAUUUCAUUGUAAUUGCCUGAACCAGUGGAAAGGCGGUAAAUGUCCAGUUUGCAGGUACUCAAAUAAAGAGCAUCUGGAGGGCAGCAGGCAGGCCAGCUGCAACGCUUGCGGAAGCAAAGAAAACCUCUGGGUCUGUCUAGUGUGUGGUCAUAUGGGAUGUGGUCGUUACAACUCAAAACAUGCAAUCCACCACUACGAGGAAACCUCGCAUUGCUUUGCAAUGGACAUCACUACUAAUAGAGUUUGGGACUAUGCUGGUGACAACUACGUACACAGGCUUGCACAGAACGAGGUAGACGGGAAACUCGUUGAAGUGGGCGGUUCUCAAACCAAACGGAAUCAGGAAUACCAUUUAGAAUACGUUCAGGUCCUAAUCUCUCAACUUGAGUCACAAAGAGAAUACUACGAAGCUAAAUUGGAGGAACAAUCAAACAAAAACACCUCCAAAGAGAUCACGGAACUCACGGAAAGCUUCCAGAAGUUCAAACUGCAUACAGAACAGUCGCAUAAGAAAUUAGAGUCCAAAAUUAAUAGCCUUCAGAAUCAACUAAAAGAAGAGAAGCUUAUGAAUCUCGGUCUAACAGAAAAUCUAGAACACAUUACAAAUGACCGAGAUCAUUUAAUAAGGGACAAGGAAAAUUUGAGUUCGCAGAUUACAGAAAUGCAACAAACUGUAGACGACCUAAUGUUUCAUUUACAAACCACCGAAAAGCUUCGUCAGGAUCCUGACGCGGAAAAAGGAACAAUUGUGAUUCAUAAUACUGAUACCCCCAGCUCAUCGAGCAAAAAGGCAGCUAGAAAGAAGAAGCCUCCUCAUAGGUUCGGAAAAUAG